AUGUUUGCAGCGCAGCAAAAUCCUCCACCUGAUCCUUGCUACGAAGAAAUGGAUGUACCGAGGCGUUGCAUACCGGACUUUGUCAACGCUGCUUUUGGGAAAGAGGUAAAAGCAUCCAGUGAAUGUGGCACCCCAGCCAGCCGGUACUGUACCACAGCAACCGACGAUAAAGGCGAAAUCGUCCGGAAUUGCCAAAUCUGUGACGCAUCCAACCCGAAACGAGCGCAUCCCACAACGUACCUCACCGACCUGAACAAUCCUAAUAAUGUCACCUGUUGGAUGUCUGAACCAUUCUCGCAGUCCUUGCACAACGUCUCUCUGACUUUGACCCUCGGAAAGAAAUACGAACUAACUUACAUCAGUCUUCAGUUUUGCAACCAGAAGCCCGACUCCUUAGCCCUCUACAAGAGCAUGGACUAUGGAAAGACCUGGCACCCAUUCCAGUUCUAUUCGAGUCAAUGCCGGAAGAUGUAUGGAAGGCAGAAUCGUGCUAUCAUCACCAAAGCGAACGAGCAGGAAGCCUUGUGCACUGAUGCCCAAUCGAACGUGGAACCCAUCUCUGGUGCCAGGAUUGCCUUCAGCACACUAGAAGGAAGACCGUCUGCAUAUGACUUUGACAACAGUCCGGUGCUUCAGGACUGGGUGACAGCAACGGACAUCAAGGUGGUCUUCAACAGGUUGGUGGGGUGGUCCAUGUCCGAGAUGGGCGAGAACGACAACGAGUCUCUCAGCCAGCGAGACACUUAUUUCUAUGCUGUCUCUGACUUCGCUGUGGGUGGACGCUGCAAGUGCAAUGGCCAUGCUUCGAGGUGCAUUCACAACAGAGAAGGCCUCUUGGUUUGCGACUGCAAACACAACACGGCCGGCAGAGACUGUGAGAAGUGCAAACCAUUCCAUUUUGACAGACCUUGGGGCAGAGCUACCGCCCAUGAAGCCCAUGAAUGUGUUGGUAAGUCUGAAAUAUAUUUACUUUCUUAUGUACUUGAAAUAUUUCUCUUCUAUUUCAAAUUUGAUUGUCAAGUAAAGUUGAAUUAAAAAUCAUCGUAAUUGCUCUUAUUAGUCAUCAUCAAAAAAAAAAAAAAAAAUUAAUCUACAAAAUGUCAAGUAUGCAAUAUCCUGAU